GGGAGGGGGCGAGUGGGAGGGGCAACGGAGUGGGAGUCAUCGGUCCGUCAUAUAUGUGUGUAGAUAGACUUAAGUCAAAAACCUACUUACAUCUUACUUACUCUACAUACUCCCGCUGCUGCCCCACUACCACUACCCCCACCACCACCACCACCACCACUACUACCACCAAGUCGACUUUUUAUCCACAACCACAACCACAACCACCACACGAACCGACGAACAUACAGAAAGUUAAUUACCAAGAUGUCCUCCGAACUCCCCGUCAACGGCACCAGCGAGCAGCGCUCCGACCUCUUCGCCGUCAAGACUGGCCUGGCACGUAUGCUCAAGGGCGGCGUGAUUAUGGAUGUCGUGAACGCCGAACAGGCCCGCAUCGCCGAAGAAGCCGGCGCCUCCGCCGUAAUGGCGUUGGAGCGGGUGCCGGCGGACAUCCGGGCGGAGGGCGGUGUCUCGCGGAUGUCAGACCCAGCAAUGAUCAAGUCGAUCAUGGCAGCGGUAACAAUCCCUGUGAUGGCGAAGGCGCGUAUCGGACAUUUCGUGGAGUGCCAGAUCCUGGAGGCGCUCGGUGUGGACUUCAUCGACGAGUCGGAAGUUCUCACGCCGGCGGACAACACGCACCACGUUGUCAAGCACGGGUUCAAGGCGCCGUUCGUGUGCGGCUGCCGGAACCUCGGUGAGGCGCUCAGGAGGAUUAGUGAGGGCGCCGCGAUGAUCCGUACCAAAGGGGAGGCCGGGACGGGGGAUGUUGUUGAAGCGGUAAAGCACAUGCGCACGGUCACUGCCGAGAUCAGGAAGGCAGGUGCUAUGAGCGAUGAGGAGCUCUACGUCAUGGCCAAGGAGAUCGGUGCCCCGUUCGAGCUGUUGAAAGAGACGGCGAGGCUGGGACGGCUGCCCGUGGUUAACUUUGCGGCGGGAGGCGUGGCCACCCCCGCUGAUGCCGCGCUCAUGAUGCAGCUGGGCUGCGAUGGUGUCUUUGUUGGCUCCGGCAUCUUUAAGUCCGGCGACCCUGCGAAGCGUGCUAGGGCUAUUGUUCAGGCUGUCACCCACUAUAAUGACGCAAAGGUCCUGGCCGAGAUCAGUACUGACCUUGGCGAGGCCAUGGUCGGGCUGAAUGUUGAGAAGAUGCCGGCGUCUGAGAAGAUGUCCGGGCGGGGUUGGUAGACGGUGUGUUAUGACGUGUGAGUUGAGGUGGAGGGCGGUUCUUUGUCUUGAUAUGUUUGGUUGGUUGCGGGGUUUCAAAAAUGGGUUGUUUGUACGGUAAAGGAAAAGGGUGGUAAAAGACGGCAAGGCCUAGACGUUUGUUCAACACCAAGCGGAGAGAAUACACAAUGGACACGAUUCGUAUCAC